AUAUACGAGAAAUUCUGCUCACAUGAUUUAUGCACAUUCGUAUGUCACUUUGUCUUCAAGCAUCUACUAAAUUAAAUUGUGUUGUUUUAAAUCUUACAGAUUUGAUUUCUAGUUAGUCCCCUUGGCAGGUUUCCCACUGCAAGUCGAUUAAUUUCAUUUGCUAUAAUAACGUAUAUUUACACAUGCUAAUUUCUCAGCGAGCAAGUUCGGAAGUCACGCCUCUUGCUAUUACGAUCAGCUGGAGGCCCUGGAAAAAAACCAAGAUUUAUAACUGGCCUUAAUGAACUGGCAACCCUACGGCAUCUCUCUCCGGCUCUGAGCGAAACGGUCGCAUUUGAGUUGUUCGCCCAGCUCAGCUGUCAGGUUUGGGGACGUACGUACAAUCUAGAAAUGAAAAUCUGGACUUCAGAACACAUAUUCAACCAUCGCUGGGAGACCGUGACCAAGGCAGCGAUGCAGAAGUACCCCAACCCGAUGAACCCCGGCGUGGUGGGUGUGGACGUGCUGGACAGACAGGUGGACCCCCAAGGCCGCCUCCACAGCAGCAGGCUGCUCAGCACAGAGUGGGGGCUGCCCUCGUUUGUGAAGUCUAUCAUCGGAGUAUGCGGGUCCCGUACGUACAUCCAGGAGCAUUCCGUGGUGGACCCCAGAGAAAAGACCUUUGAGCUGAAAUCUACUAAUAUCAGCUUCACCAACAUGGUGUCCGUGGACGAAAGGCUUGUUUAUCGGCCACACCCUCAGGACCCAGAGAAGACUGUGCUCACACAGGAGGCUCUCAUCUCUGUGAAGGGAGUCAGCCUCAGCAGCUACCUGGAGGGGCUCAUGGCCAGCACCAUCUCCACCAACGCAGGCAAGGGGCGAGAGGCGAUGGAGUGGGUGAUUCGCCGGCUGAACGAGGAGAUCGAGGACCUGGCGGCCACGGCGCGGGACACUCUGCUAACCCCCAUGGCCGCCGCCGCCACGGAGCAGUGACCAACCGCGCGUCCGCCCCCCCGGCCCCGCCCACACCAGGCCCCGCCCCCUCCUCCCACCGCGGGAAACUCCCAUGGUCAUCGGCUAUCUAUAUUAGAUAUGAGCAUUCUCAGUGCGGAGCAAACUGCUCCUUUAAAACUCUGGGGGGGUGGGGGGUCGGGGGUCUGACUCGAGGGCCGUUCUGCACACGGGACGUCCCGGCAGAUGCAGCCAAACUUCAGCGGACAGAAGAGACGUUUCAUUUCCCCCUCCGUUACGUUUACACCUCCCUGCACUCGCAUUCUCUCCAUCGCUACACCUGCGCUACGCUAGCAGACCCUGUGCUGCAGACCCUGCGCUACAGACUCUGUGCUGAGCUUACCUGGCUGCAGGUACACGCUCUGCGCUAGCAGGCCCUGUGCUACAGACCCUGUGCUACAGACUCUGUGCUGGCUCACCUGGCUGCAGGUACAAGCUCUGCGCUAGCAGACCCCGUGCUAGCUCACCUGGCUGCAGGUACACGCUCUGCGCUACAGACUCUGUGCUGGCUCACCUGGCUGCAAGUACAAGCUCUGUGCUACAGACCCUGUGCUAGCUCAUCUGGCUGCAGGUACACGCUCUGCGCUACAGACCCUGUGCUGGCUCACCUGGCUGCAGGUACACGCUCUGCGCUACAGACUCUGUGCUGGCUCACCUGGCUGCAGGUACAAGCUCUGCGCUAGCAGACCCUGUGCUAGCUCACCUGGCUGCAGGUACACGCUCUGCGCUACAGACCCUGUGCUGAGCUCACCUGGCUGCAGGUACACGCUCUGCGCUACAGACCCUGUGCUGAGCUCACCUGGCUGCAGGUACAAGCUCUGCGCUAGCAGACCCUGUGCUAGCUCACCUGGCUGCAGGUACACGCUCUGCGCUACAGACCCUGUGCUGGCUCACCUGGCUGCAGGUACACGCUCUGCGCUACAGACUCUGUGCUGGCUCACCUGGCUGCAGGUGCAAGCUCUGCGCUACAGACCCUUUGCUAGCUCACCUGGCUGCAGGUACACGCUCUGCGCUACAGACCCUGUGCUAGCUCCCCUGGCUGCAGGUACACGCUCUGCGCUACCUGUGAGCCCAGGCAGCGGGUGCGAGGUUCGGAACGCCAGCGGAACGGGGCUGGGAACGCGAUGCACGGAGGAGGUCACUCUCACGCGGCCAAAACUACGGGGACGAACAAAAAACGGACUGUGGACCUGUGGAACUCUGAACAAACUUCUCAGGAUUCGGUGGUGUGUGUGUGUGUGUGUGCGUGCGUGUGUGUGUGCGCUUGUGUGCGUGUGAAGGAGGGCUGUGGUUUCAUUAACUCAGCUGAAAGCACUCUAACAGGUGGUUCUGUCAGACAGACAUCUCCACACUUGAAUGUCAUGUACUGUAAACUCAUUUUGUUUUGAUUUAUCAUUUCUAUCAUCAGCGAUGGUAGCUUAACAAACCGAACAAAGAAGACAUUUAAAAGCAGGUUAUGCUUUAUUUUAUUAUGGAAAAAAAAAAACGGUCAAAUGCAUUGUAGCCAAUCAGUUAUGCUUUCGCAUAAUGUUAGAUGCAAGACUGAGAUAAAAAAAAAAAAGUAUUAAAAAAACACCAAAUAGAGAGGAAUGCACUGCAGCGAAUGAGGAAUGUGUAUUUAUUUGGAACGCUCGUGUUUCUGAAUGCCAGUGUGUAUAAAGAGGAUCCAAAACUCUGUACAUACCUCUGAGCUAACUUCUGCAUCUAUCAGUGGCCACACUUAUACGCCUGAUGCACUUAAUUAAGGCUUCAAUGCUUUAUUAAAAAAAAAAAAAAAAAAAAAAA